AUGGGCGAAGAGGAAAUCUGUCUUCCACAGAAUCAUCCACUACGACAAUAUCUUGAGGAUAUUGGGAUUUCUGAUACUGUUUCACCCGAAGUAUCUAAAAAGCCUAAUGGAUUGUUGUCAACGUUAUGGUUGUCUUCUCAGCUACCAUUAUUUUUAGAAUGGAUAAAAUACUUGAAUUUCUCCUUUUCAUUACAGUUUAACUCACCAUUUACUAGGUUACUUUGGUUCAGAAAUAUUAACCUAAUACGCAACAGUGAUUUAAUAACUGCAGCGAACAUACUUCCAUUUGAGUAUUUAUAUUGUACACGAGUUAAGGAACAAACUGAUGUAAAGAGAUGGAUUUUCAUAGUGUUUCCUAUUCUCACUGGACUGAUAUUUCAUUAUUCUGCGUACUUGACCAUUAUCUUCGUACUGAUUAUUUUAUAUUUGCUUCUACCGGAUAUAUUUCUUAUCAUGUCUAAGCAUUAUCUAGCAGCUGUUUUGAAACAAAUGGAGUAUUUCACUCAAGGAUAUCGUGUCAUUGUUCUCUUUUUACAAGACUUAAAUACUCGUCGUUAUUUUGGCCCAAAAAUUGUAGAUAAAGAAACAUUUCAACUUUUCCCUAUAAUAUAUCAUCAAACGCAUAGCUUCAUGCUGACGUAUAUCUUAGAGUUGAUUGAUUUCUGUGUCAAAUUGGACAGAUUGGUUGAAGAUAAUGCUGUCGAUGGAUGCUUGGAAAUUCCAUUUUCAGAACUUGUUCAGUUGAAGAUGGAGAUAGAAGAUAAAUUUAAAGAUUCAAAUAUCGAAAACUUGAAAAUGUUUGGUGAACUGUCGAAAAUUCUAACUUCCGACUUCUUGAUCAGAUUAUCAUCAAGCUUAUGUAAACCAACUUUGAAUGUGCCCUAUAUGUUUCGUCUAGAUAUAUUACUAUGGAAAUGGAAUUGUUUUCUAGCUGGAAUAACUAAUCAAUUCAAUAGGAUUAAUGAAUUGCACACAAUGAUUAUGAAUGGUAAACUAGUGAAUAUUAACAAGGAGUUUAUAAAUAAUUGUUCCUCAACUGAUAAUGAAAACAAAAAUUCUCAUUGCCCUGAAGCUCGAAUAACUUAUGAAAUAUUGUUACAUCUACUUGUCUCUGUGGAACAUGCAAACAAUUUAAAAUCUUAUGUUGAACAGAAUAGUGAAAUAUCACUUGUUUCAGAUGAACAAUUCUCUAAAUUAGUUAAUCUUGUACGUUGUCAACUGAAUGCCUCUAUGAUAUUUUUGAAUGAAUUGGAUCAUGUCCAUACAACAGAGAAUAAUGAUGAUAUGGUUUCGAAUAUGAAUUCAGAAACAACUGAUGGCGAAUUUUUAUAUUACCAAAACAAGAAUCCAUCAAGGGGAAAUGUUUUGAAAGCUGAAGAUCCAAUUGCAGAGGAUGAUGCAUUUGAAGAAAUCGCGGUUGGAGAUACCUCGGACAAUGCAUCCGACACAGAAUGUAAAACCAACGAAGAUAUGGAUCCUAUGCAGAAUCCAUCAUCUUUAAUGCAUAUCUCUGUAUUGAAAGAACUUAAAAAUGUUAUAUUACAUCGUCGAAUAAUUAUGCAAGAACGUGAAGAAUGUGCUUUAAGACGACGUCUACUGCAUACAGAUUUUCCUGAAAACAAGAAACAAUCUGUGCCUGUAAACAGCACUAAUCCAACUGCAGAAAGUGAGGUAAAAGUCCAACUUCCUUUGGAAAAUUCCCCUGUUAUAGAUCUGAACAGUUGUUCGAAUGAUGAUAAAAAACUUUCAGAAUUUUUCUCAACUUCACUGAAUAGUAGUAGUAAUUCAGUAUCACAAAAUUCAAAACACACUCAGCCAAUUCGUCGAGAUUUAAAAUCCAGUGUUCUCAAGCGGAAUAUGAUUUUCAAUAAGAUUUUAUCGCCUAAAGAUGAGAAUUAUCAAAGUCAAAAUUAUGCAAACCGAAUGCCUUUGACGAAUAAUAUCUUUCAAUCUGAAAACUCAUCUAAUGAUAUGCAUUGUAAUGAUAAUAAUAUUAAGAUCGUACAACGUUCUGCCUUAGCGAAUGCCUUAUUUGCCCAGCGUAAACUAUUAGGCCUUGCUGAUGAAGAUUGUUUUACAGGAUAAAUGUUUGAAGAAAUCACAUAGG